CUUGUCCCCUCCCCAGUUUCCUCUCCUGUCCUCUCUCCUGUCCUCUCCUCCCCUCUCACCCUCUCCUCUCCUCCCCUCUCAGCCUCUCCUCUCCUCUACACCAUUCUCCCAUCCUCUCCUCUUUCCUUGUGUUGCCUUCCGGAACAAAAGUAUAUGGAAUGCAACACAAUAGGCUACAACACACUACAAUACAAUACAUUACAAUGUAAUCCAAUACACGGCCAUGUAUGAGAAUGAAUAGACGCACACGUCCACUCCCUGCUCGACAACCUCCAUGUAGAUUCCCCCCCGGUCCCAAAGUUCCCCCACCCAUUUGAGAGUACGCCGCCCUCCCCUAUCGUGCGCUGGUCUGCAUUGGUGCACCAGCUCCAACUUAUGGGACUCAACCACUUCUUUAUCACAUGCUGGAACUGAACUAGUAGCUCCACACACACGCACAGAUGAGUCGCCGCUUCCACGUUCGCGCGUACGAAAUGAGAUAAAGAUGCUCAUUCCAUGGGUCUGCCUAUCCAUUUAAAGAAAUUUGGGACGGCCAAGAUAGGCGCUCUUGUGGGUUUACCUAGACCCGGUUUCGUAUAAUGAAGUCAUUUUUGCGCAAUCCAAUUCAGGAUGGAAGGGAGAGGGACAACCACGUGUUUAAUGCUGAGGGUUGUCCAGGCGGGGACUCGCCGACAGCUCUCGGCGUGACUCCCAGGAAAAGACUUCACUCAGCGGAGGACGCACGAUGCAGCAGCCGGCCAGCCCCGGAGGGCGCCGGGUCGGUGCCCCUCUCUGAGUCCGAAACGGGGAGGAGGGGAGAGGAGAAGGGUAGAAACCUACGAUGCCAACAAUGUCAAGUCAAAGUUGCAGAGCUGAAGAAGCAAGCACUCUCUUGGGCGGAUCCUUGCUCACUGAAGGAUCCUGGCUACGCGGCGUUCCUCCUAGAGCAGAUCCAAGCACCCGGGGGCCAUGACGCAGGGAAAGGCUGCUGCCAGGUAUGCUCCACGCCCCUCCACCAACUGAAACAGGAGGCGCUGCAGACGAUCCACAGCCCGCUUCAGCUCUCCUACAGCGCCGACAUGCCAGCGCUGUCCACCGGCAGCUUCCUGAGACAGCCCUCCAGGAUCACCGUCUCCUCGUCCGCUAGCGAAGGAAAGCCGCCCGCCAGAGCCCAGGCCCAGUCCCGCCCCGCCCUGCCCCCCGGGGAGAGGCAGAGGGGGCUACCCUGGCCUCAGGUGUCCUCCUCCUCCUCCGUCACGCCGCUGCCGUCGGGCCCACAGACCAGCGUCCAGGUGGCGGUGGGCGGGGGGCAGCUGACGGGGACGGUGAGCUCGGUCACCAUCCAGGCCCAGCAGUACCUGGAGGGCAUGUGGAGCAUCUCCCGCGUCAACCACUUCCUCCCGCAGCCAGGCCCGGUGGGUUCCCAGCGCUCUUACAUUUACAACUCGCGCAUUAGGCAGACGCUUUUAUCCAAAGCGACUUGCAAUAAGUACACUGGUCAGAAGAAGGAGAACCAAUAUAUCGCCGUCGGUACAGUGAGGAUGUUCAUAGAACCAAGGAUAAGAUGCUACUCCAUGCUAAGUACUAUUUUUAAGUGCCAGGACCUAAAACAUACAAUAAGUGCGUAGGAGGGGUGUGGGGAGUCUAGAUGAGCCUCAUGCGGAAGCUGGUGGGCGACUCUGCGGUCCUGACAUCGGCCGGGAGCUCCUUCCACCACUGCGGUGCCUAAACAGAGAAGAGUUGUGCCUUUGAUGCAUCUGGCACUUACUCUUAUGACAUCCCACACAGUCCAUUUUACAACACCUCUUAGCAGGGGAUGUGUGAAGUCACACAUGUAGACUUUCUUAUUUUAAUAUGACAAACUAAAGAAAGAAGUUAGAAUACAGGAAGGCUUGACUCAUCACUUCACUUCUCGGGGGAGAUGAGCCAGCAGGGAGAUGUGUUUCACUGCAAUUAGUGUGAGUGGAGCAGAGGGAAUAUCUUCAGCUGGGGGGUGACCAAUAAAUACCAACAGAGUAGUCAUCCUCAUGAGCGCUGCACAGAUAAGAUGUGAGUGUGGGAGCUUCUCCAUGAAUUCUGUAAGUGGCGUGCCUUAGUGCUGGUCAGGUCUUGCCGAGUCAAUAUAAUUGCUCCAAACAGGGCCUUUAGGGAGAUGUGUGUGUGUGUGUGUGUGUGUGUGUGUGUGUGUGUGUGUGUGUGUGUGUGUGUGUGUCAGAGCUCCACCACUGACCACUGACCCCUCAUACCUCAGCAGUGAAGGAGCUGGGGGGAGGGGGGGGUUGGAGGGGAGGAUCUCAGGUCAGAGGUCACCGCAGCACUAAUCUGCUGACCGGCUCCUCGAGGGUGUGUCAGCACGACCACCCCAGAGCCCCUCACACGCCCUGGCCGAGCGGGACGAGAGAGGGGAGGCCGCUGGCUCUUUUGAUGUGACCUCAACCUGCGGAUCUUUGAUGAGUUUCCCCCUCAUAUUGCGGUUCUGGGAGCACAGCGCUCACACACUGCCGCGCGGUUGUGUUUAGCCCAUGCAUCUAAAUGAUCCAUGCUGUUUGGGUUUCAUUAAACGUGAUGCUACGGGAUCGGUGAGGAGGGAUUUCCCCGUCCCAGGCUGUGUUGCCCCCCCCCCCACACACACACCAGGCAGACGCAACCAGCCAGCCGCUCGUACCGACUUGAUCCAUGCCUCGCCGUUUUAAUAUCAGCCGUAGGCGUUGCGGCAUGACCUGCACUCGUGGGUUCUCACUACCUUUGCUUUGGCGAUGUUUUAAAGGGUAAUCAUUGAUCCUUUGUCCUCGUCAGCGUUGCUCCUUUGCUUUCUGUUUUCCUGGAAAUUAAACACAUAUUUUAACUUGUCCGGUUAAUGUCCACAAAUGCCAUUAGACGCAGUUUAUGGGCGGACACCAGAAGCUUUUAACAGCGUGUGGGCAAUCUUGGGCAAAUCAAAGGGCCGGCAUGAAAGGAAAGGGGCUGACUUGUGGACCUAACUCGGUUUCUAAGAAGCAAUUAGAGGGUGCCCCUGAUGCAUCUCUCAGCACCUCCUGGGUGAGUCUGGGGCCUCCACAGAGUGGUCAACAUCUUCAGUUACAAAAGGGUUAGAACCAAAUGGUCUCCUCUCAUUUCUCUUUUAAAGCCGAUUUCUUUAGUAAGGAACUGGAUGCUUCAGAAUGAUCAAACCCUCUCCAGACCCCGUGGAUGGGGAGUUCUGCUCGUCUGCAUCGCACAAGCUUGAAGUCCCGCUUGCGUCUUGGUUUGCGCUGUGUUGUUCAGACAAAGGGUGGAAGAUGAUGUGCUAGACUGCCAGCCCAUGGAGCGUAUUUAUCACGCUGCCCGGGCUCGCUGUCACCCCUGCCUAUUAUAGGGCACCUUGAAUCUCUCUUUGGUAGAAAAGCCUCUUGUUGGUGCUUUGAAUAAAACGUGUAAUGCUUUGAACGCAGCCGGAAUAAUAAUUGCCUCUUCCCCAGCCUGGAAAAAAAUCACAAUAUCUGAAGUAGUGAUUAUAAUUCCACUCUUCUAAUAUUUAAUCGGGACUUUGCUUUUGUCAAGCAAAUUAUCCAUUUUCUCCAACUGAAAUCGUGUGGUUUCCACUAAACCCAAAGAAUCAACCCCCAUAUCACGUUAUUUAUUCAAUGAUUGUUGCUGCUUGUUGCUUGCAAGUAAAGAUGUAUAAAAGAAAGCGAUUUUUUUUUUUUUAUUAAACCUAACUAUCAUUAUGGAAAGUCACACUGCGAAGAACACAUUAUUGUUGCUUACUCUGUGUGCACAAUCAAUGCAACCAUCUGAUUGAUCCAAACCCUGGACUGGAUCACUUUGCCGCGUUGGACCCAGGACCACAUGGGCACUUCUCUGCUCUCGGCCAAUGGUAGUCUGAGUGUGUGUAUUGGUGUGUGUAGUGGGUGGUGCCAGGGGGAGCGCGGGCCGUGAACCCUCACCUGAUUGAAACGCAACAGACUGAAGGGCGGCUCCAUCUGGCCCUGAGUGACUGAUGUCACCAAAGGAGGAAGACGAGGAACAGAGACGCAAUGGAGAGAGACAGAAGUCUCCCAUUCUUGCCAAAUGAUUUUUUGUUUUUUUAUAUGUUUCGAUUUUCUGUUAAGAGGUUCUGUGCAGUGCUAUUUAUAGCAGGCAUAAUGUUGAUAUACAUUAUAAGAGCAGGGAGCUAAAUGUCAUAUAAAAUUGUAUUGACGUUUUAGUCCUUUUCUCAUACGGUCAGACUGCCCGUGCGCCGUGGAUGUGAGAAGUCAAUACUCUCUCUCACUCGGUUUCUCUGGUAACUAGGGCCAGCCAUGUGUGACAGGAUGGAUUAUAGGAGCCAAUUUCACCUCGGCUGUAAUACUGCCUUGAUCACUGGGUCCUAAGGUUGUCGCUGCGUA